AUGAUUCCGGAUGUUAGGCAGAGGGUUGGUGUAACUUGGUACAGUGAGGAGAAGUUGCUCGUCAUUCUAGAUUACACAAAAGAUUUCGCUGCGAUCCAUCGCGAGUCGAAUAGGGGUUUAUUGACCGUGAAGUUUCCUCACAAGAAGUGGUUAAAGAUUCGGACAGAACUAGGUGGAGGGCAUGGAUCAUAUACUCUUUACAUGAGUGUGGGCGGCGUUGUACUUACUAAGUUUAGGAGGCGCGUGGGGCUGCCGAUUGGGCUGAAUUUUAUACCUCAAAACUUGUCAAACAAAGACACAACUAAUGAUAUAGGCGGUGUUUCAAACGAAGUCCAAAAUCUCCGAAAACAGAGAACAAUAGUGGCUUCACCGGUGAUGGCAGUUGAGGGAGGGAAAAAUGAGCGUAUGCCUGGAAACCAGUACAACGGUAACUCCUCCCAUAACUCAGGUCGUGUAGGACGGCUCCUAAAAGUAAGAGAGCAAAGGAGAAGCAACAGGUCUGCCUAUUCAAAUGAAGUAACUGAUAACCAUAGAGGAACUGAACCAAUUGAAUAUGAUUUUCGCGCACGGGAAGGUGACGGAUUAAACAAUUCCCUUAUCGAACAAUACUUGGAAGGGGCUAUCGCGGAGGGAUGUGAAAAGCCGGAUGUCAGGCCUUUAAGGCAAAGGCUACUGGUGGUAGCUAACAGACUGCCUGUAUCUGCAAUUAGAAGAGGUGAAGACUCAUGGUCUUUGGAGAUGAGUGGCGGGGGCCUAGUCACUGCUCUUCUAGGUGUGAAGGAGUUUGAGGCGAGAUGGAUUGGCUGGGCUGGGGUUAACGUGCCAGAUGAAGUUGGCCAGAAGGCGCUCACUAAAGCUUUGGCUGAAAAGAGGUGCAUUCCAGUAUUCCUUGACGAAGAGAUUGUUCAUCAAUAUUAUAAUGGCUACUGCAACAAUAUAUUGUGGCCUCUCUUUCAUUACCUUGGGCUUCCACAAGAAGACCGGCUUGCCACAACCAGAAGUUUCCAGUCUCAGUUUGCUGCAUAUAAGAAGGCAAAUCAAAUGUUUGCUGAUGUAGUGAAUCAGCACUAUGAGGAGGGUGAUGUUGUGUGGUGCCAUGAUUACCAUUUGAUGUUCCUCCCAAAAUGCCUAAAGGAAUACAACAGUGAUAUGAAAGUUGGUUGGUUUCUCCAUACACCCUUUCCUUCUUCUGAAAUCCAUCGGACACUGCCAUCUCGAUCUGACCUAUUACGUUCCGUUCUUGCUGCUGAUUUAGUUGGAUUUCACACUUAUGACUAUGCAAGACAUUUUGUUAGUGCUUGUACACGUAUUCUUGGGCUAGAGGGCACGCCUGAAGGCGUUGAGGAUCAAGGGAGGCUGACAAGAGUUGCUGCGUUUCCCAUUGGGAUAGACUCAGAUAAGUUCAUAAGAGCUCUUGAACUCCCUCAAGUCCAGGACCACAUCAAAGAACUGAAGGAAAGAUUUGCUGGCCGAAAGGUGAUGCUAGGUGUUGACCGCCUUGAUAUGAUUAAAGGAAUUCCACAGAAGAUUCUUGCAUUUGAAAAAUUUCUUGAGGAAAAUACUAUCUGGCGUGAUAAAGUUGUUUUGCUGCAAAUUGCGGUGCCAACAAGAACAGAUGUUCCUGAGUCAAAUGAAACAAAAGGUAUGGGCAUUGGAGAUCAUUGUAAAUUCAGCCUAAGGUCUCUAUGGGAACCCUCACCUCAUGGCUCAAAACUAAAGCUUAGCUCGAGCCUUAAGUUGGCACACAAAAAAGAAAAUGAGGAUGUGAGUAUGAAGCUGGAUCAUGCCACAGAUACUCUAGAUCAAAAACUCACAAGCCAGGUUCAUGAAAUUGUUGGACGCAUUAAUGGCAGAUUUGGAACAUUAACUGCUGUUCCAAUACAUCACCUGAUCUCUGUUUCAGAAGAAAAGGAAGAGCCAAAUGACCUCUGGCCUUAUAUCGAAAGGCAAAUCCUGGCAUACAAAGCUGUAGCCAAACGCAAUUGGAUGUUUGAACAUUCUAUGGUACCAGAUGGUGUCAGAAUUACAGCAGUAACUAGUCAAUUCACGAAGUUAGAAGAUUUGAAAUCUGUAAAUGUAUUGAUAUCAGACUAUGUUGCUCUUGUAACUUCUUUGAGGGAUGGAAUGAAUCUUGUCAGUUAUGAGUUUGUAGCAUGCCAAGAUUCGAAGAAGGGUGUGCUCAUUCUUAGUGAGUUUGCAGGUGCAGCUCAAUCUCUAGGUGCUGGAGCAAUCCUUGUGAACCCUUGGAACAUCACUGAAGUUGCUGAUUCAAUACGCCAAGCUCUAACUAUGUCACCUGAAGAAAGCGAGAAGCGACAUCGGCACAACUUUGCUCAUGUGACAACCCACACUGCUCAAGAAUGGGCUGAAACUUUUGUGAGUGAACUAAAUGAUACAGUUAUCGAGGCACAACUAAGGACCAGGCAAGUGCCACCUGCACUUCCAGAAGAAGAUGCAAUUAGACGUUAUUUGCAGUCUAAUAACCGGUUGCUCAUACUGGGAUUCAAUGCAACAUUGACUGAGCCAGUGGACACUCCUGGGAGUAGAGCUGAUCAAAUUAAAGAAAUGGAACUUAAAUUGCACCCAGAGUUAAAAGCAGCACUUACAGCACUUUGCAGGGAUCGAAAGACAACCAUUGUUGUUCUCAGUGGGAUGUCCUCUGUUCCUCAGAACUUUGCAGAGUAUGACAUGUGGUUGGCAGCAGAACAUGGAAUGUUUUUGCGACUUACAAAUGGAGAAUGGAUGACAACAAUGCCAGAACACAUAAAUAUGGAAUGGGUUGACAGUGUGAAGCAUGUUUUUGAGUACUUCACAGAGCGUACACCCCGAUCCCAUUUUGAACCCCGUGAGACAUCACUUGUAUGGAAUUACAAGUAUGCAGAUGUUGAAUUUGGAAGGCUUCAAGCAAGGGAUAUGUUGCAGCACCUCUGGACAGGCCCAAUUUCAAAUGCUUCUGUUGAUGUGUUCCAAGGGAGUCGAUCAGUUGAGGUUCGAGCAGUUGGUGUUACAAAGGGUGCUGCUAUUGAUCGUAUACUGGGAGAGAUUGUCCAUAGUAAAUCCAUGACAACACCAAUUGAUUAUGUCCUAUGCAUUGGCCAUUUUCUGGGAAAGGUAAUUUCAGCUACUUUAAGCUCACUUGCAAUAUUAACCACAAUCUUGGGGAGACCAAAAUCUCAAUCUAAUGUUGGUUCUGAAGACUUGGUUCAUGUACUUGUAUUUUUGCACUAUGAUUUGGCUUUAAUGGACUUCUAUUUUGAUGAAGAUGUGUACACCUUCUUUGAGCCAGAGCUCCCUUGCGAUGGCUCAGGUGUUGCAAGAACUAAGCAAAAUGAUGGACUAAAAUUACCUAGUGAAAGACGACCUUCUAUGAAGCUUCCAGCCAGUAGAAGCGGGCCUAAAUCAUCUCAAGGCAAGGCACAACGUCCGUUGCUAAAUCCUGAGAAGAGAAUUCCUAACCACAGCUGUGGGAGUGGGCAACGGCCAUCAGCAGAAAAGAUUUCAUGGAGCGUGCUUGAUCUCAAGGGAGAUAAUUACUUCUCCUGUGCUGUUGGUCGAACUCGCACAAAUGCUCGCUAUCUACUUGGAUCGUCAGAUGAUGUUGUGUCCUUCCUAACCAAACUAGCCAAAGCAUCUACGCAAGACAUAAAGCGCUGA